UUGAUUUUUCGUUUAUGAUCGUCGAGAAAACGGGAUAUGGGGCGAUUUUCUGCGAUGAUUAUAGGAUGAUGGAAGGGUUGGAUAGUGUAAUAAGAAGGCUGAUCACCUGUUGCAUUAUUUUCAUAUGUUUUUACAUUCAAUCCAAUUUUGCACAACAAGGUACGUUUUUUCUUAACUUUUUUUUUUUUGGUGGCAUGAUUUUUGCAGCUGGAUUUAUCAGCAUACAGUGCUGCGCCGAUGCUACGUCAACCGACACGAAUACCACGAUCACUUACGUAUCGGACGAAACGUGGUACCCCGAUAAACGAACGUGCCAGGACACGAUCUGGACAGGAAGUAAGAAUCAAGAAACCAACGAGGCGAGAUUCUUUAACUCGCAGUACGACAAAAGCAAAUGGUGUUACGAUUUGCCGACAAAUAGCGGUGGGGUCUACCUAAUCCGAGGAAUAUUCCCGCUCAGCAAUCUGCAGGCGUCGCCCCCCGAUAACUUUUUCAAUGUUUCGAUUGGUGCGACGGAGAUAGAGAGAGUUAGUUUCGUGAGUAAAUCGAAUGUCGAGGGAGUAUUCCGAGCGACUAAUAACUACACUAAUUUCUGCUUAGUGAAAGGCAAAGGGGAAGCGUACCUUUCGAAGCUCGAGUUACGACCUUUGCAUCCCGAUUACCUCACGACGUAUCCUUCGAGCGUGCUCAAACUCGUUGAUCGGGUCGAUGCAGGAAACAAAGCAGCUGAAAUCAGGUACCGUUCGGACCCGUACGAUCGAAUAUGGAGACAAGAUUCACAUCCCGAUUCAACAGCUAGUUACUUAUCACUGCCCACAGCCGAUAAUAUGGAUUUCACCGACGCAAACAGCAUACUGCCCCCUCUCCGAGUAUUACAAACAGCUCUAACCCAUCCCGAACAAUUAGUUUUCAAGUACGAAAAUCUCGAUCCGGGAACGUACGAUUACAGUCUCUACCUCCACUUUCUCGAGCUCGACGACUCCAUCUUUCGAGCUGGGCAGAGGGUGUUCGAUGUGUACAUCAAUAACGAAAAACGACAAGAAGUCGAUAUAUUGGCAAGCGGGAAAAACUACAGUACGGUUGUUUUGAACUUCGCCGCGAAUGGAGUCCUUAAUCUCACGUUGGUCAAGGCCUCGACUUCUCGGUUCGGACCAAUCUGUAACGCUUACGAGAUUUUUCAAUCGUAUCCAAGAAACGAAGAGACGGGUGUCGACGAAGUGAAUACGAUUACCAAAGUAAGAUACGAGCUACUUACGUACAAUCGAGAUAACGAAAUUUUGCGAACUUGGUCGGGAGAUCCGUGCCUCCCUAUUCAGUGGCACGGUUUAUCGUGCGAGCCGAACGACGGUAGCUUUCGUGUUACUAAAAUGAACUUGAGCAACAAUAGGUUCACCGGCACGGUUCCUCGGUUUCCGGCCUCGUCGAUUUUGACCUCACUGGAUGUGAGCCGUAACGAUCUCACGGGAAACAUUGCGUCGUCUGUUUCCGGAAUGGCGUAUUUGAAAUCAUUAUACUUCGGUUGCAAUCGCGACUUGGACAAAAAAAAUCUUCCUUCUUCGAAGAUGAACAUCACUACAGAAUUUUUGCGAUGUAUAUUCAAAUUCAGCGACGGGAUAUGCAAUGAUCGCGUGCCGUCACAUUCAUCUCGAAAGAUAGUCGUAGGCAUUGCUGUAGGCGGAUCGCUGUUGGUUAUAAUCGUCGUCGGCGCGUGUUCCGUCCGCAUGUACGGAAACAAAACGGGGGAUUCGCAAAAGUUCGAUCUCAAAGGACACCCGAUGUCAAAGAACGCGAUAUAUUCAGUACCGAGCACCGAAAUCGUCGCGGUGAAAUCGAUAUCUAUUCAGAGUUUCACACUGGAGUUCGUCGAAACUGCGACACAAAAGUACAAACUAUUGAUAGGCGAAGGUGGAUUCGGACCCGUUUAUCGUGGCACUUUACCCGACGGUGAAGAAGUCGCUGUGAAGGUCCGAUCGGCCACCUCGACACAGGGAACUAAAGAAUUCGACAAUGAACUGAAAUUUCUCUCGGCAAUUCGACACGAGAACUUGGUCCCACUGAUCGGCUAUUGUUGCGAAAGCGACCAACAAAUUCUCGUCUAUCCUUUCAUGUCGAAUGGCUCUCUACAAGACCGCCUAUACGGAGCAGCAGCGAAGCGGAAGAUUCUUGAUUGGCCGACGAGAAUUUCCAUUGCUUUAGGCGCUGCGAGAGGUUUAACGUACCUCCACACCUUCUCGGAGCGAUGCGUGAUACACAGAGAUGUGAAAUCGAGUAAUAUUCUUCUCGAUAAUAGCAUGUGUGCAAAGGUUGCCGACUUUGGAUUCUCCAAAUAUGCACCUCAAGAAGGAGACAGCUGUACUAGCCUCGAAGUAAGGGGUACCGCUGGAUAUUUGGAUCCCGAAGUGGUAGAGGUAGCUUUGGCAUGUACCGAAACCUACUCGGCUUAUCGUCCGUGCAUGGCUAACAUUGUUCGCGAGCUUGAGGAUGCUUUCAUCAUCGAAAAUAAUGCUUCCGAGUAUAUGAAAUCCAUCGAGAGUUUCGGGGGCUCCAAUCGCUACUCUGUAGAGAGGCCUAUAGUUAUACCACCAACUCCGAUUCCGACGGAAAUAUCCUCUAUACUUCUGCAACCGCCUCCUCCGCUGCCAAGAUAGUCAUUUGAGGAAUCAAUCGUGCAAUAGAAAUCUGAUCAUGAUUUUUUUUUUCAGAUAAACGAACUUUGUAGUUUUGGGUAUAAAUUAUUAAGAGCACACUCGCCGAUAAGUACACUAUUUUGCAAUUUCUAGUGUUGUGUAAAUACUAAAACAGGUUGUCUCUACAUUAGUCGGUUCCUCGUUGUUACUUAACCACUGGCGUUAACUCCGAACCCCUAAUCCAUGGGAACUUGUUACUCUAGGAAACAGUUACAAAGGUAUCGACAAAGAAGCAAAAUUCUCGGAUGUUUAUUUUCACACACCAUACAGAAAA